GGAGUCUGGGGAUUUUGUUUGGGAUGAGAUUAGGGGAAAAAGAGGACGCAAUGGAGGAGGAGGAGGAGAGGGGUUCCGCUGCGGCGCCGCUGCAGCUUAAGCUCCUUCCUCUCUUGCCUAAUUCCGCGCAGCCUUCGUUUUCCCAGCUGCGGUUCCCAUGGGCGUCCGAGGCCGGGAACGUGGAACUGUCGAUGCGAGGCUUCGAUGUGAACCGGGCGCCGUCUGCCGGGGAAGCCGAGGAGGUGGCGGCGGCAUCGUCGUCGCCCAACAGCACUGUCUCUUCCUUCCAGAUGGAGUUUUCCGCCGGGGGAGGCGAGGGCGGAGCGCUGCCGGUGGAAAGGGCCUGUUCGAGAGCACUUUUUGUGUCUAUUUGGAGAUCUUCACUUUAUAAAGUUUUGCGAGCUGGUUUCGACAAAAAUCGCGUUGCAGAUAGCAGAGCAAGAUUUGGUUGCCGGGUCAUUUAA